CCGCCGUUUCCCCUCGCGAGAACGUGGGGGUGGCCGCGCGGGUGGGGCGAUGCCCGGUCCGCUGUGCCUGCGGUUUCUUUGAGCGGUCCCCGCGGCCUGAGCCUCCUGCCGCCGGGUCGGAGGCGGGCGCCCAGAGGAGCCCCGGUGUCGGGUAGCGGAAGACCCUCAGCAGAGCGGGAGGCACCUCCCGUAGGAUGCUACCGGCUGCCAGCAGGCAGCCCCGAUCGGAGCAGCCCCCACCAUGGGCUGGGGAGCCGGCGGGAGCUGCACCCCGCGCCCACCCAUCCGCCCGCGGCCGGCGCCCGAGCCCCGCGUGCUCACGGUGGUGUUCCUCGGCCUCCUGCUGGACCUCCUGGCCUUCACCCUGCUCCUGCCUCUGCUGCCCGGGCUGCUGGAGAGCCACGGCCGUGCCCACGACCCGCUUUACGGUGUCUGGCAGCGCGGGGUGGACUGGUUUGCCGCAGCUAUCAGGAUGCCAGCAGAGAAGAGGUACAACAGCGUCUUGUUUGGAGAGGGGUCACCUUUCCUGGAGCACCACGGCCUGGGAGUGCAGGGCACAGCAUGUUCAGACCCUUGGGGACGGAGACCGGAGUGUGGUGACAGCAGCUUCCGUCUUUCAGGUAGGUCUGGCCACCUCAUAUGCCGUGUGGGCUGCCUCCAGGAGCUUCGCAGCCUUCCUGGCCUCCAGGGUGAUCGGGGGCAUCAGCAAGGGGAACGUCAGCCUCUCCACGGCCAUCGUUGCUGACCUGGGCUCACCGCCCGCCCGCAGCAGAGGCAUGGCAGUCAUCGGAGUGGCCUUCUCGCUGGGCUUCACACUGGGCCCCAUGCUUGGUGCCUCCCUGCCCGUGGACAUGGUGCCCUGGCUUGCCCUGCUCUUCGCGGUCUCAGAUCUGCUGUUCAUUCUCUGCUUCCUGCCUGAGACGCUGCCCCUGGAGAAGCGGGCACCCUCCAUCGCCCUGGGCUUCGGAGCUGCCGCCGACCUGCUCAGCCCCCUGGCCCUGUUCCAGUUUUCGGCCACGGCCCACAGUCCGGACCCGCCUGCUGGAGACAGUCUCUGCAGCCUACGCCGCCUGGGCCUGGCCUACUUCCUCUACCUCUUCCUAUUCUCGGGCCUGGAGUACACGCUGAGCUUCCUCACGCACCAGCGCUUCCAGUUCAGCAGCCUGCAGCAGGGGAAGAUGUUUUUCUUCAUCGGUCUCACCAUGGCCACCAUCCAGGGCAUCUACACCCGGCACAUCAGCCCAGGCCGGGAAAUUGCAGCUGUGAAGCGGGCCAUCCUGCUGCUGGUCCCUGCCUUCCUCCUCGUUGGCUGGAGCCGCACACUGCCUGUGCUGGGCUUCGGGCUGCUGUUCUACUCCUUUGCUGCCGCUGUCGUAGUGCCCUGCCUGUCCUCCGUGGUCGCUGGCUAUGGCUCUCCUAGGCAGAAAGGCACAGUCAUGGGCACACUGCGGAGCCUGGGUGCCCUGGCCAGGGCCGUGGGGCCCAUGGUGGCUGCCUCAGUGUACUGGCUGGCAGGGGCCCGGGUCUGCUUCACUGUGUGCUCGGGGCUGUUCCUGCUCCCCUUCCUGCUCCUGAGGAAUCUGAGGCCUCCAGCACAGACUCCCAAGGCCGAGUAGCUGCCCGGCCCCGCCCCACCCCACCCCAGGCUGGGGGUGCUGAGGCAGGUAGUGGGGGGCCCUAGCCAGGACUGCUCCCCACUGCCUGCCUGGGGGCGCGAGACACUCCUCCAGCUCCCCAGGUGGGCCAGCAGCCCUGCUGGGAGCAGGCCCAGUGACUCCAAAGCCUCCCAGGCUUUCUGCUCAUUUGUGUUCCACUCGAUGUCAUGGGUCUCAGCCAGGCCUCUGGGUGACAAAAUAAAGCAGCUCUUUUAUACCAAG